UGGCGAGAUUAGCUGUAAACAACGACGUGGUUAAUUUAAUAAAUAUUUAGUUCCAUUAAAAAAGUGUUCAUCAUGCUAAAAUACACUAUACUUGCGCUCGUGGCUGUCAGUUGUCACCACAUAAACGCCGAAUUCACGGUUGCCGACUGCCGGGACUUGGGAUUUAUUAAAACACAGCUGAUGUGCUCUAGUUGUGAUAAGCUCGAUGACUUUGGUCUGGAGACACUGAAGCCUCAUUGUAAACAAUGCUGUACCCAGGACCAACAGCCCGCGGCACAAAGAACCUAUGCUAAAGCUAUUCUGGAGGUAUGCACCUGCAAGUUCCGCGCUUAUCCACAAAUACAGGCCUUCAUACAGAGCGGGCGGCCAUCAAAAUUCCCCAAUCUGCAAAUAAAAUAUGUGCGUGGAUUGGAUCCCAUUGUGAAGUUACUUGAUGCCAGCGGCAAGGUGCAAGAGACACUGUCCAUAACCAAGUGGAACACUGACACAGUCGAAGAGUUCUUUGAGACGCAUUUAGAGAAAGUGGGUGCCAGCAGCAAGAACUCUUAUAGCGUUGUCGAGGAAGUGGAUGACGAUGACGAGGAAGAUUACCUGAGAACAAAUAGAAUCUAAAUUUUCUACUCUAGAUUUGUUAGCGUAAAAAAUUAAUUCGAUAAUGGAAAAGUAAGGAUCAUUCACUGUAUUUUAAAUUAUAAUAAAGUGCGAAAACCCGUUUAGUGAAUAGAA